AUGCACAACCUGGAGAUAAAGAGACACUCAAGGGGUGAUCUGCUUCUCCUGAGGAGCUCCGACCUCCAUUCUUUUCGGAAGAUCCAAAGGGAUGUAGACGAUAUGGGCCUCCUGUCUAGCGCGGAGCAGCACCUGUCGGGCAUUUUAACAACAUUAGACAGCGUCACGGAUCAGGACAACACUCUAUACUGUUUAACACAACAAGGUGAACUAAUCGGGAUGUUAAAGAUUGGUACAAAACGGCUGUACUUAUAUAACGGGAAAGACUUACACUGCGGGAGCUAUUUUUACAUACAGAGAGACUUCCGGAAGAGGGGCCUUGGGCUUGUUAGUACGACCCCCACCCAUGUGGAAAGAAAAGAAAUGAACGUGGAAAAGGGGGUGAAUGUGUUAAUAGCGGAACUCUUUAACUUUAUGCUGAGAGACAAGGCCAUUUCCCCAUCCAGAUUAUGCUACGAUAACCCAUCCUACAAAUUGCGGAGCUUCUUGAAGAAGCACUUCUCCCCGUGCGUGCUGAUCAGGCAGCCGAACAAUUUCGUCAUCUUUGCGGAGUACUUUGGCGAACCGGAAGCCGCCCCCUUCCAGCAUCAGCGUCGGUGA